GGCGUAAAAUUUACACGCGGUCCUUGUCAUUGUGACAUAUUGUCGAUUUUACCACCAAGUGUGACAUAUUGUUGAUUUUACCAUAAAAUGUGACAUAUUGUCGUUUUUACCAACAACUGUGACAUAUUGGUGUUUUACUGCUAGCUGUCAAGUGUUGCACCAUCAACUGAGACGUUGUGGUUUUACCGCUAUAACAUAUUACUGUUUUUCCAAAAAGGUGUGACAUAUUGUGUUUUACCUCAAACUGUGACACAUUACCGUGUUUUCCCCAUCACUGAGGAAUAUCGCCGUUUUACCAUCAUAUGUGACAUAUUACUGAUUUACUACCAACUGUGAAAUAUUUGUUUUAUCUUCAACUGCGACAUCGUUGUGUUACCAUCAAAUGUGGCAAUAUUGCUGUUUCAUUGACAACUGUUAAAGAUUUGUUUUACCAUCCAUUGUUACAUAAUACCUUUACAACAAUCUGACAGACAUAUAUUUCUGUUUUAUCCCACCAAUUGUGACAUACUGCAAUUUUGUUUUUACAACAACAAAAAUAUCCGUGGUAUCUUCUGAACAAUACGGUGUAUACAGUUUCCGCUUGAAGAAGACACCAAACGACGGACAAAUUAACCGUUUUGCGUGGACCGUCCAAAUUUCACCAUUUUCGCGAAUAUACAUUUUGUUCCCGUUUGGGACGAGAACGAAGGUGUGCACACCUACAUACACAAGCUCCACCUGAAGAUCCUGCAAACUUCAUGGAUGCAGUCCAUGCUGGAAAGCGGUUGUCCCACAAGUAGCAUGUCAUGCCCCAUGGGGGAGAGGCGACUCACCGUCAACAAGCGCUGUCCCCCCAACGAGCGGUGCGCGGAGGAAGACAUCACCGUGCUGGAAGAGCACCCGCCAGUCCUUGUAGUUCCGGUAGACGCGCAGGACUCGAAACCCAAAGUGAACCUGAGCAGUCUGAAACCUCCAGUGAAAGGGUCCGCUUCCGCUAAAAGAUCACUUCUUGUGCCAUACAACUUCUUCUGGAGUGUUGCUGUAGUUGUCCAGGUAGUGUCCCUCAACUGUUGUAGAUUUUUGCAGUCUUGGAUGACAUGUUUGGUCGACUGAUCUACUUCUCCACGG